AUGGACAAACCGGAACAGGCCGGACGCAUCCUGGCCAUCGUCCCCCACAGUGGGGGCCAGAGGUUCCUCCUCGAACGCAAGUCCUUCACAGAGGACAUCGCAACUUUCUUGUGCUCGCUGCGCUUCAGAGAAGAAGGCUCCACCUCCGACAUCGGCCUGAAGGUCUUUACACCGGUAGCGGCGCAUGGCCUCGACCGCGCCAAAAAGUUCUCCCCUCCCUGGACAUACUUGCUGGAGAUUCCCCAGGGCGACACGCUCCUGCGCCAGUUCCUCCUAUGGCAGGAGGUCUUUGUGAUCCAUACCACCCUGUUGUUCUCAGUUCACGACCUUAGGGAGCCGUCCCCUCUGUGGACGGUCCUAGUUCUCACAGGGACGCCCGGGGCGGUCGCUGACAACCCUGAUGCCAUUAAAGAAAUCCUGGCGGACAUCAAGAGCGCUGCCUGGGCUGACGGCCAGUUCUGUAACUUCGUAGUGGACUGUGUCGAAAAAAACUGGGGCCACACUGGGGACUAUGCCUCAUGCGUCAAAGCUGCGACAGACACUCUGGACUUGACCUUAAGUCGUGGCAAAAGCCACAGAUCGGAACAGCUCAUCGGGUGCUACGUUCUCCUAGCAAAGCCGAUCUCGCCCGAUCGUGAGGAACUCAAAACUUUCAGUAAAUUCCUGGCGGUGCCCGGUGUCUACUGGAGGGGCCCCUACGCCCUCGAAGUCAACAAAGUGAAGGUUGAGUGCAAGAUGUGCAGAGAUGUCACUCACUGUCUGGACGACUGCCCCCUCCCGAGCACGCCGAGUUGGCAGGGCACCCCCCCCCCCACGACGCUAGGGGGCGCUGGGGUGGCAACCUCGACAGUGUCCGCCCCCACGCUGGCGGAACAGGGGCGGAGGCCCUAG